AUGAAUUCGACGAUAUCCUUAUCGGAUAUUUCAACGACGACCAUAAACAACAAUGAUGAUAUUAACGGAAGUCUUGCCGAUGACUGGGAACAUUAUCGCGCCUAUACCAAGUUCUACUAUAUCACAGAUGAAGUCUUUCUCUAUGCGAAUCCAAUUUUAAUUAUCAUUGGAAUUCCAACGCAUGCAUUAUCUAUGAUUAUCUUUCUUCGUAAACGAAUGCGUCGGUACCCCGUUUCCGUCUUCAUGGCAAUGCUAUCGCUAACUAAUAUUCUCAUCCUUGCUGGUCCAGUUACCAUGCAAUGGUUGAAUCACAAAGUUUUCAUUGGUUUUGUUGUCACCGGGUCGCGUUUUCUCUGUGCAUUUCAUGUUUAUAUUGACUUGGUUGGCUCGUCGAUAAAUUCUUGGCUGAUACUAAUGAUUGCUGUUGAACGUUAUCUAUCCGUGACAAAACCAUUUCUAAUCCGAACGAAUUUCAACCGUCAACAAGCAUGGACUAUUGUUUUCAGUGUUUUUCUCGUCGCUAUUAUAGCUCCACUCGGUCUUGCUAUCGUUGCAUCGAAAGUUGACGAUUGUCUUCUAUUCUUUUCUAAAACAUAUCAAAUCAUUGGUUCAAUACAAAUCUUUUUCAUCUACGUUCUACCAUCGAUACUUAUUCUAACUUUAAGUAUAAUCACAGUACAUAAACUACGGAAUCGUAUACGUACACGUGGCUCAAGACGUAUUCACAUAAGUGUUAUGUUAAUCGCUGUAUCAUUUUCAUUCAUAACGUUCACAAUGCCGUAUCAAGUCUGUUGGUACUGGUUAUUUUCAACAGCAAUCGGCAGUGUGAAAUUGAACCUGAAGGUUAAUAUAAUCAAUAUUGGCUUUCGUUAUAUCGCAUUAACAAUCAGAAAUUUGAAUUAUACAUUGAACUUUUUUCUUUAUUCAUUAACAUCGAUCGUUUUUCUUAAAGAAGCAUUUACAAUUGCGCAUUGUAACUAUUUUCUAAAUCAGACAUUUGCUGAACGUAACCAUGCAUUUCGUCGCGUGCGCCGGUUUUUAUCGGAACAUGGUGGCGGUGGUGGUAAUGAGGAUCAAGAUCAACCAGAUCAGCAGGAACGACAAGAUCAACAGCAGCAGCAGCAACAACAACAACAGACACAUCAACAAAUCAAUGGACUUAAUCGUCAAACAGAUCAACCGUAUGAUGAACAUCAUCACUUUCCGAGUUUUAAAAGGCAUUUCAGUAUCAAGAGAAAGAAGAGCGAUCCACUCGACGCUGACCUGUCGAAAACUCUUCUAAAUGGUCAUUUAAACAUCCAUACAAGUACGACAAAUGUUUCCUAUAACCUAAAACAAAACAAACCCAUAUCAUUCGAGAAGAAUGUCCAAUGUAAUCUAACGAUUAAUCAAAGAGCAGUAAUACCCAACGAUGCAAAUUACUUGCAAACUGAUAAUAACAUACAACAAGCAACAUCAUCAAAUUAUUCUUCAAUGUCCAAUAUACAAGAUUUGAAUAUGAAAGUGCAACUGUAA